GGGUCACAUGAUGAAGGGAAACCUUUAAAACCUCCAACCUGCAGACCCAGACCUCCAGUCAGCUCCUGUGCUCACGACUCCAGCUGGUCUGUUCUGCUCAGAGGAUUCGACAUGUCAGACAAUGAGGAGAUUGUGGAGGACUAUGAGCAGGAAGAGGAGGAAGAUAAGGAAGGGGAUGAAAACGAGCAUGACAAAGGAUCCAAACCAUGGUUUAAGACCACCUAUAUACCAAACAUGGCUCCUCCAAAGCUCCCUGAUGGAGAGAAAGUUGACUUUGAUGAUCUCCACCGGAAGAGAGUGGAGAAGGAUUACAAUGACCUCCAGACCCUCAUUGAGCAGCAUUUCUCUAGCCGUCAGAAGGAGGAGGAAGAGCUAAUUGCCCUGCGCAGUCGCAUUGAACAGCGCCGGGCGGACAGGGCCGAGCAGCAACGAUUCCGCGCAGAGCAGGACCGGGAGCGCCAAGCUCGGGUGGCUGAGGAAAGGUCAAGGCGCGAGGAGGAGGCCGCCAAGCUGCGGGCUGAGGAGGAGGCCAAGAAAAAGAAGAUAUUCUCCAACAAGUCCUUUGGUGGCUACCUGCAGAAGGUAGAUCAGAAGAAGGGCAAGAAGCUAACAGCCCGCGAGGAGAAGAAGAAGGCCCUGAUGGAGCGCAGGAAGCCGCUCAACAUCGACCACCUGAGCCAGGAGAAGCUGGAGGAGAAGGCACAGGACCUGUGGCAGUGGCUCCACCAGCUGCAUGCUGAGAAGUUCGAGCUGGCUGAGAAGCUCAAGAGGCAAAAAUAUGAAAUCCAUGUGCUCCGAAACAGAGUCAGCGACCACCAGAGAGGCUCCAAAACAUCCAAGACCUCUCGCGGGGCCAAAGGGAAAGCUGGCUCCUGGAAGUAAAGCCCAGUGUUCACAAUAACCAAUAUAAUAAGGUCUUUUUGGUGCAGAUUCCUUUUUACUGAGUGCUCAGGGGCCUGAAGGGAUUCAAAGGAAAUAAAUGAACCCAGCUUAGUAUAAAUUGUUUCUUAAAAAAAACCCUGGGAUGUUGUCUAUGUCACUUUACUCUUUCCUACCACCCAGCCUUACAUUGACCUGGAUAAGCUUUAAAUUGUUCCUCAUACCUUCCUAAAGACGUUUUCUGUUUAUGGUUGACCUGUUUACUUCUCAUUAAACAUAUUCUGUUUAUUUCCA